AUGGGCAUUUGCUUCUUCGGAUACGACCCUCUCCAAAACCAAUACAAAGUAUUGUUCUUACCACUAUAUUAUUCGGACAAAGGUUGUCACGUUUUCACGUUGGGAGGACAUCAUACAUCAAACCAGUGGAGGACCAUCCAAGGCGUUAGUGGAUAUCACUUACCAUUGUUUGGUUCGGUUUGCACCAACGGGGUUAUUUACUACCGAGCAAAAGCUUCAGAAAAGGAUUAUAAUUCUUCUAUAUAUGAAUUGAUGAGUUUUGAUGUUAGGUCCGAGAAGUUUUGUAAUGUCGACGCUCCAAAAACAUUGACGGAUCACUAUUCAAUUCUGAUAAACUACAAAGGGAAGUUAGGAUUCGUGUGUUGCUGGAAUAUUAUGGAAAUUUGGAUUAGAGAUGAUGGUGAUCAUGACCAGAAGACACAAGGAUGGUCCAAGAUUUUCUUGUAUGAGAUGGAGGGAUUUGACAAAUGGUCCAUUUCGGGUGUUACUCGUUAUGGUGAGAUUGUUUUUGUGAAUCGUAUGUACUCAUCUAAUGAUAGGUUAUGGGUCUUAUAUUAUGAUCCAGAGCGAAAUUGUAUAAGAUACAUGGACCUCGAAGGCACUCACCCGAUAGAGAGAAGGCAUCAUCAAAAUUCUAUUAUAGUUUGGACAUUUCCGGACUAUGUUGAGAAUACCAUGCGUUUGUAUUAG